UACAGUUAGAUGUGGAUGGGAUGGCAUCAGCAUCAUUAUCAUCAUCUUGUAUGCCAAACACUCUGCCAUUCCAAGGGUGGAAAACAAGAACUCCCCAUUGCUUAUUCGGUUGGAAGAAGAAGGGUGCUGAUGAUGACAAACCUCAAAUUAAAUAUCAUGAUAUUGAUCUCACUUUUCCAAUUUCUUUGGUAGCUAGUACAUUCCUUAACGGGAAGGAACUCAAAUGCUGCUAUAGGGCAACAAUUGACGGAUUUAGUGCAACAAAUUUCCAUGAGUGCUGUGAUUUCAAGGGACCCUGUGUCAUAAUUGGCUACACAAACAAGUCCUUCAAGUUUGGUGGAUUCAACCCUGAGGGCUAUAGAAGCACAGAUGACUACUAUGACACCUUUGAUCCCUUCUUGUUCUAUUGGGCCGACAACAACAACAAUGGGCCUAAGGUUGAGCCCAUUAUCUUACCCAAAAUUGGUGGAAGUGGUGCAGCUCUAUUUGAUUACGCUCGUGGAGGGCCGCAAUUUGGGGCCGAUGGACUCCUAAUUGGGCCUCCACUGGCACCAGUUAUGGGGGGCUUUGCUGGGCCUGAUACUAAUUCAGGGGUUGGUGAUUUGAGGCAAGCUAAGUCAAGAUUGGGAUUGUCUUAUGCAAAGAGGAAAGAUGGGAAGGAGUCUCUUUUUGGUGAUGAGUCCAGGGCUAUCAUUCAAGAAGUGCAAGUUUUUUGCAAUCCCAAAAUUGCAAGCCUAUACUAAUUUACUUACAAUUCAUAAGGGGUGGGGAAUGGUGGCUGACGCACUGUACAAGUGGCAAAACUGUUUGCCAUAGCUGGGUUGUGGUAGAGAAGAACUUUUAGUGUGAAAAUAGAUGAGUGUGUGUGUGAAAAAAAAAACCCGGUUGGGAAAUAGAAUAUUUUACUAGAAAGAUGGUAGACAAUUUAAGUCCUUUGAGCUUGUUAAAACAAUGAUGUAUCUAUAUACAUAGUAAUUUUUAUGUGAAUAAAUAAUUUUGUGAUCA